UUUAUAUGUUUCCAAAUACCAAUGGGCAUUUAGCCAUUUUCUGUCUAUGAAGUUCACAAUAAAAUCCUUCAUCAACCUCUUUACUUUCUCAUCUUGAUAUUUCCUUAUAGUUUUUAACAAUUUAGUCUCUUCCAUCUCUGGUUUCUUCAUCAACUGCACAGGGCAAAUUGAUAUUUUUUAAUGCUUAUCAGCAUCUUGUUCAUGGUGUUUGAGAUUAAUGUCUCCAGUACUCAGUGAAAUACUCCUUUGUGGUUUUAUGAUAAACUCUACACUUAGGCGCAGGACCCAUCUUGUUCAAUCUCUCUCUGUUGUUUUCCUUUACUGGUUCUACGUGUUUUCAUUAACUCUCUCUCUCUUUCUGAUUGAAAUCCCAUAAUCAUCUCUUGUUUUCUUUAGUUCUUUUGAAUAAUAAAAUUUCUGGGUCCAGAAGCCAGUUAUUGUUUCUUUUGUUUCGGUUGUAUUUGUUGUUGUUGUUGUUAUGGCUAGUUCAAGCAAUGGAGCAUCCUCAGCUUCAUUCACGCAGGGAAGCUCGAGUUCAUCGGAGGAUUUUCAGCAGAAUUUAGAUGAAAGGAAGCGCAAGAGAAUGGCAUCCAACAGGGAGUCUGCCCGCAGGUCUCGGAUGCGUAAACAGAAGCACCUGGAUGAACUAAAGGGCCAAGUUUCUGAGCUCAUAAAGAAUAACAACCAGAUCCUCACAAGCAUCAAUGCCACCUACCAGCUUUACUUGAACGUUGAGGCCGAGAACUCGGUUCUUAGAGCUCAGAUGAGUGAGCUCAGCACUAGGUUGCAAUCUCUCAGUGAAAUCAUUGAUUUCAUAAACUCGAGCAAUGAGAUUAUAAAAAGUGACAACUUUGAUCAGGCUGACCAUUAUCAUCCUCAUCGUCAGAUCAAUGAUGAUACUUUCAUGAAUCCAUGGAAUUCAUUCUCUGUCAAUCAAUCAUUCAUGUCUUCUGCUGACAUUAUUUUGUACUGAAUUCGGUACUUGGCUGUGUACCCUGGCUUUCUAGUUUACUGGUGUUUUUAGAUUUCCCUGAGUUUUAAUGUUUUUUCUCUUGUUUUACUCGUAUUAUUUAUGUUGUAAUUAGGAAUUUAAAUUGCAAUGCAGAUGCAUUUUCAG